AUGUCUUCCCGGAAUGAUGCUCUUUUACCAGUGCCUACUAUCACUCUCGAAGGAAUGAAAAUCCGCCAGGAUAUUCCUUAUACCAACCGACUUUUUAUUCAAUAUGGUCCUCCGGGUGUCACUUGGAGUCAAGUCUAUAACCCGGUUACCACCCUGACCAGUCUACGCCCUAAUGCCCCUGCGAACGUCAAAUUCGACGUCAAACUCGAACUCAUUAUCUGGCUUAUCAUCUGCGUUGACGGACAAUGCAAAAAUAUUGGGACGCCGCAUGCUCGCGCAGCAUAUGGCAUGUACUUUGGUCCACACUCCCCAUAUAAUCGAUGCUCUAUGCUUCCACAAAGUGUACAUAAAACAAAUGGCUCCGCAGAGCUUUUUGCUGUGAUGACCGCCGUGUGUUUUGUGAAAGACCAGAGCACCAGACCGAUAUCUGCUAUCGGCCCUCUGAAGAAGGUUGUCAUCCAAACGGAUUCUUCAUAUGGUAAGCACAUUAUUUCACUCUCUUUUCCACUGUCUUCGGACUGCAAAGACUCAGAUUAUCGAUCGUUCUUUCCUUUCUCGCAUUCCAAAUUGAUCCGACAAUCCUUUCUUUAUGGCAAACUGCUGUUUGCUGACUGCCGUACUCCAGUUGUUGAAUGUCUUACGAAAAACAUAUGGACAUGGCAAGACAACGGAUACCAAAAUGCACGAGGUAUUCGAACCGCCAACCUCAGCCUCAUCUAUGACAUCCACCACUUACUAGAGGAUGCCAAAAGAGUAAAAGAGAUCUAGGGAUGAAUAUCAGAUUUCAGCACGUAGCAAGAGUCAAGAACCAGGGUGCGGAUCGUCUAGUUGAGCUUGCCUUCGAUUGGGAGUCCCAAUUUACAUUUCGCACGGAGGAACCUGCGUUUCCCACAAACAAAUGGAAACACGCCUCAAAAUACGCCAAGGAGCUUUCGCCUAGUGAGGUCGUCCCUAUUCACACGAUUCUCUCCCGUCUUGAGUGGCCUCUUCCGCUGAAGAGAGAGAAUCGGUGGAUUGAUAGUAUUAUUUCUUAUAUGAUUCGUGGGAAUUUGCUGCUUGAAGGGCGGGCGGAUUUCCCGGCGCUUUUUCAGGCGAGAUUUGGGAAGUUUUGGAGAACGCAGAUUGCAAGGGAGAGAGAUAAGAUUACCGAGGAGUUGGCGUAUACUGAGAGGGCAAUGAAUGGUCUCCCACCUGGCGCGGGAACCAAGGGCUCGCGUGAGUGGAUUGGGUAUCAUGAGAAACUUGCCCAGCUUGGGACGCUGCUUGCAAGGAUCUCUGAAGGUAGGGCUGAGAUAUCUUCCUGGCUUUUCUACUACAUGCUCACCUUUUUGAUAGAGGAAUUGGAUGAUGGCAAGCAUUCGCAUAUUGUUUGA